CUUAAAAACGUUGAGCGAGCUACAGUAGAGCAACCAAGAAACUUGGUUACUCAAUAUAGCUGGGAUCAGUUUGCGAGGGAACAAGCUCUCCGACAUACACACUUACACACAGACUGACUGAAAGCUCUCAUUGUUAAUGAAUUUUUCAUGAGAACGGAACGACGGACGCCUGAGGAGGCGGGUUUAAGCAAAUCAGUUUCCUCGUUCACUGCUAUUUGGAGGAGGCGGGUCCACGCAAGCGAGAGAUCCAUGCCAGUUUCGGGAGGAAGAUGAUCGAAAUGUCGGUUGACAAAGAGGCGGCUUUAGCGCGGGACGGUCACACAGAACCCGGGGGAAGCUGCGCGAGGAGGGGGGGCGCGGGGGCAGAGGCGCUAACGGGCCCCACGGCGGCGCCGGCCUGCGUGGAGGUCUCGUUUGCCGGAAGCGUGCUUCUGGCAGAGCGCAGCGCCGAAACGGAACCGGGAGCGGCCGGUAGCGGUGGGGACGAGGGGGCGGGGCAGGGGGGCGGGACGCGGGGCGACUCCACGCGGCUGUCGGACACGAUGCGGGCUGCUCCGCAGCCGGGCCCGGUCCGGCAGAACAAGCGGCGGAACGCGGUGGGGUCGGGCUUGCGGGCCGCGGGCCCGGGCAAGAGGCGGCGACGCGCCAACUCGGAGAGCAACCCGGUUCUGCCCAGCAACUUCCUGCUGGGCGGGAACAUCUUCGACCCGCUGAACCUGAACAGCCUGCUGGAUGAGGAGGUGAGCCGCGCGCUGAACGCAGAGACGCCCGAGUGCUCGCCGCUUCCCGCCAAGAGCCGCGAGCCGGUGGAGAUCCUGGUCCCGCGCGACGUUACCGACCCGCUCAGCCUGAACCGGGCCGGCCACGCCCUGCUGCCCGCGCCCCGCCGGAGGCGGCCCCGGCACCGGCACCACGGCCCCCAGCCCCGCCCCGCCCCGCCCCCCAGAGUCCCGGGCCGGCCCUCUUCGCCGCCCUCGCUGCCGGGCGUGGCCCCCAGGGCCCCCAGAGAGGGCGCGGCCUCGCCUGUCCCGCGGCCCCUCCCCCAAAACCAGCCGGGCUCCUCCUCCUCCUGCGACCCCGCCCCUUUCCCUCCGGCUCUCGCUGCCCCAGGCCCCGCCUCUGCCCCGCCCCCGGUCGCCCAGCAACGCAAACGCAGCCGCUGCAACCCGCCGGGCGCCUGUAAUAAAGAGGGUCGUGGCCCGGGCCCCGUCCCCCAGCAGAAGAAGUUCCAGUACGGCAACUACAACAAGUACUACGGCUACCGCAACCCGGGGUGCAGCGAGGACCCCCGACUCCGGGUCAUGCGGCCCGAGUGGUUCCGGGGGAAGGCGGUCCUGGACCUGGGCUGCAACGCGGGUCACCUGACCCUCUUCAUCGCCCGGCACUGGCGGCCCGGCCGCAUCGUGGGGCUGGACAUCGACGGGUGCCUGGUGCACGCGGCCAGGCAGAACGUGCGCCACUACCUGUCCCACCUGCAGGCCCUGGAGGCCCGCCGGGCGGGGAGGGGCCCGGGGCCCGGGGAGGAGGAGACUCACCGAGAGGGAGGAGAGAAUGAGAGGGGGCGGGGCCCGGAGGAGGGUGGGGGCGAGGCUGUGCGACUGCAGGAAGGGGCGGGCCCUAUGCAGCGGGGGGAGGGAGGAGGCAGGGCGGAGAGAGAGGCGGACACCCCUGGGCCCCCCGCCAGCGCUGGGGAGAGUGAUGCCCCCUUCCCCGUGUCCCUGUGCAUCUCCAGGGGCCCCAUUGCUGCCCCUCCUCUGCCUGACACGCCCUCUGCCCCGCCCGGAGACUUCCCAGCCAACGUCUCAUUCGUCAGGGGUAAUUAUGUGCUGGGGUCGGACGCCCUGCUGCAGUCCCAGCGUGGGGAGUUUGAUGUGAUCCUGUGCCUGAGCGUCAGUAAGUGGGUGCACCUGAACUGGGGCGACGCAGGGCUGCAGCGGCUCUUCCACCGGGCGUACCGGCACCUCCACCCCGGGGGCGUCUUCAUCCUGGAGCCCCAGCCCUGGAGCUCCUACGCCCGCCGCAGGAAGCUCAACGACACCAUCUAUAAGAACUACCACAGCAUUCGGCUCAAACCGGACCAGUUCUGCUCCUAUCUGACCUCAGAGGUGGGGUUCACCAGCUAUGAGCUCCUGGGUACCCCCAAAAGCACAUCCAGAGGAUUUGAGAGACCAGUUUACAAGUUUUACAAAGGACGGUCCUCUCCCAAGAAGUGACUCUGAGCUUCGGCAGUGCCCCAUGGAAUCCUGGGGUUUUGGGAAAGUCGUUGGCAGCUUUGGAAGUGUGAACGCCGUCUGAUUGUAAUGAUGUUUAAUGAUGUUGGCCUGGGAAAGAAGUGUACAUUUCCACCCGAUUAACCGCUAACUGGACUCCUGCUGCACUCAACAUGCACACACACUCAACAUGCGCGCACACACACACACACACACACACACACACACACAGCCCCGGCACAGGAUGCGGUGUGAGAGUGCAACCUGAUGCGUCUUGGCCAAUCAGCUUGCGUGAUGAUGCGCCAGCAAAUCCCACCUUUAUCCAGGAAGUGUGAGUGAGUGAGUGAGUGAGUGAGUGAGUGAGUGAGUGAGUGAGUGAGUGAGUGAGUGAGUGAGUGAGUGAGUGAGUGAGUGAGUGAGUGAGUGAGUGAGUGAGUGAGUGAGUGAGUGAGUGAGUGAGUGAGUGAGUGAGUGAGUGAGUGAGUGAGUGUUGAAAGCAUGGUAGAGGACGGUUUGAGGGUCAAAGGUCACCCUGGUGUGUUGAGUAAGGGGAUGAGCAGGUGGGCCCGUACCUGAGGCGAUUCACCUGUGGCUGCAACUCCUCCUCCUGCUCCAAUCAUCUCCUGGCUCUCCCAGGCUCCACCUAAAUCAGGGAUCGUCCAAUCACGAUCUUCGAGGUCUGAGAACUGCUGGCGUUCCACCCUGCCUUUACCUGGGAAUCAGGUGUGACGACAAUCAGUAGCAUUGGUUACCCAGGCAAAAAGAAAACCAGGGCCGGAUUUGGACGAUCCCUGGCUUAAUGGUCCUCUUUCUCGAGCCGUAAUGGAGGUUUGGGUUCGGUUUCCUCUCUCUGCUGGUGAACUGUACUUGCAGGAGGAAACUGCUGUGGUUACAGUGUGCUUGGGGCACCUGGCUCAGCAGGGGGUUUGAGUGUGAAGAGAGCAGACUGUUUUUGUUUCAUUUUAACGAGGUAAAAAAAACAAACGAAACUUUCCAGGCACACACACAUUUUCAGAGCUUUCAAUGUUUUAAACCCGUCAGGAGAGCUAUGAUGGUGAUAGUAUGAUGUUAAUAAUGAUAAUAAACAGUUAUUACUAA